GCUGAAACUGCUAUAUCAAGGGACACCGGAGGUAUCCAGCUGAAUAGAGAGGAUAAUACGUUUAUUGUUAAAAAGAUGUCUGGAGAGAUUUUCUCACCUUUGGAUAAUUUGCAUGAUUUGGAGAAGGUGAAUUGCCACCCACUAGCUUGUUUUUUGUGCCACGAACAAUAUGAACAUCCGUGUCUGCUGGAUUGCUACCAUAACUUCUGUGCAAGCUGCCUCCGGGGCCGUGCCAUAGACAAUCGCCUCACCUGUCCUCUUUGUGGACAUCAAUCUGUAGUGAAAGGGAAUAAUGGUCUUCCUCCAGUUGAUAGACUGCUUAAGUUUCUGGUGGACAGUUCGGCUGACAGCGAAGAAGUGGUCCAGUGUGCCAACUGUGACCUGGAAUGCAAGAAACAGGAUGGAGACAUGAUGUUUUAUUGCAACACUUGCAACCAGCCACUGUGUGUCAAGUGCAGAGAUGAAACACAUAAAGCAAAAAUGUUCUCCCGUCAUGAGAUAGUUUCACUGUCGAAACAUGCAAAAGACAUACAUAAAAAAUGUUCACUGCAUGAGGAGCCAUAUAUCAUGUUUUCCACUGAGAAGAAAUCCAUGCUUUGUAUUAAUUGCUUCCGUGACAUGCAAGUAGAGAGCCGUGCUCACUGCAUUGAUAUUGAAACUGCCUACAUGCAGGGAUGUGAGAAGUUGGAUCAAGCUGUCAUGGCAGUUAAAGAACUACAGACGUCAACAAGGGAGGCAAUUUUGCUUCUCAAAGCAAUGAUUGAAGAGGUGAGAAAUAGUGCAGAUUUAGAGGAGACCGCAAUCAACAGCCUUUUCAGCAGUAUGCAGGAAAAGCUAGAAGAGCGCAAGAAGAUCCUGCUGAAAGCUGUGCAGUGUCAACAUGAAGAGAAAGAGAUGGCCUUCAAGGAGCAGCUUUCUCAUUUGGCAUCACUUUUACCCACUUUGCAGGUUCACCUUGUUACUUGCUCAGCAUUUUUGAGCUCUGCUAACAAAGCGGAGUUCCUUGACUUAGGAUAUCAACUGAUGGAACGUCUCCAACAAAUUGUCAAACUUCCUCACCGUUUGAGACCAUCCCAGAGCAGCAAAAUUAAUACGGACUAUGGAUCGGAAUUUGCUCGCUGUCUGGAACCACUGCUGCUGCUAAACUUGCGCCGAGCUGGCAGUGUGAGCGGAGGCUGUGUGGGUGCAGGGCACAGCAAUGUAAGCAUUAUUUCAAACAGCCAGUCCUCCAAGUCAUUAAUCAUGCCAGGAUGUUGUACUUCUUGUGAUAAGAUGUCCCUGACUGGAUCCAUCGUGCGGAAACCCACGUUGCAUCGCUAUAUCAGCACCAAGGUCCUGUUGGCAGACGGAACUGACAGUCCUUUCACUAGGCACUGCCGCGGCUAUGAAGAGAUGUAUCAGGCCAUACAGAUAGAGAUUCAGAAUCUAAAGGACCAGGUGCAAGAGCUUCAUAGAGAUCUGACCAAGCACCAUUCCCUCAUCAAGACAGACAAAAUGAGUGAUAUAAUACAGAAAUCACUCCAGGUUGAUAUACAGAUAGCAUCUGAAUAUUCAUCGGUGGAAAUGAUGAGAACGGCAUUUGAAGAGAUUUGGGAAGAGACAUAUCAGAGAGUUGCAAAUGAACAGGAGAUUUAUGAAGCUCAGCUCCACGACCUUAAGCAACUUAAACAGGAGAACACCUAUUUAACCAAAAUUGCUAAACAGAUUGCACCUUACGUACGAUCCAUUGCAAAGGUCAAGGAACGUCUGGAACCCAGAUUAAAAGAAGCAAAGGACCCAAAAGAAGACGUUUCAGAAAAAAUAUUUGAAGACUCUUCAGUGGCUACGGAGAUACAGAGCAGGACUGAGGUAGCAGCUUGUUCAGAGGACAAUCACGAAAUAUCACCAGAAAUGAAAAGUGAUAACAGGACUUUAACCCUAUUUAAUGAAGAGUCGUUGUUGAAAAACAAAGAAUACUGCAGGUUAAAACAGAACAUACCCAUCCGAAAAGGAACUUAAAAGGGGUAUAUAUUGCUCGAUUUAAUCUGUGUCUAUACAUUUCUGAAAUCUAGUAGUCUUUAUUUACUUUUAAUAGUCUUUUUAUUUGAAUUUGACGUCUUUAAAAAGAUACAAAACUAACAAAUAUCAAAAUCACAAAAGUUUUAAGUUUGAAUACACAGUUACAAUGUCCACAGAACAAUCAUGUAAUAUCACAAACAGAAUAUUUAAAAUGACACCUGUCACAUUCUGAUACGCCCCACCCACCUUUAGGUGACUUGGUAAAGAUGUGUGACUAACAUUUUCUACAAGUGCAUUACAAGGCACAAAUUAUGAUGUACACGGUUUAUUCACAAAACAUUGAAUUAAAUUGUUCCCAGCAUGUUAUAGGUACAAUUCCUAAUAACUUCGUUACCUCUGCUGUUCCCCAGAUUCGGCCUUUAGGUGGUCGGUGUGUAGUGCAAACUUUGUGUUACUCUGCCUUUCUGGUUCGCUGCAGUCUCCGAAGUCUUUGCUGGAUUUCAAUUCACUUCCAUUAGUUCCAAUUUGUUUUCAAUUCGGCCAAACUCAUUUCGCCAACAUGGCUUUAUCAAUGGCUAUAGUAUUGUUUACUGAUCACUCCUUUUAUAAGCCAGCUCAUGCAUGAUGCAUAUGGGGGUGUGGGCAGUGUUUUCAUUCUAUGAGCCGUCCUCUCUAGUCUAUCUGAUGAGGUUGAAUCAUAACCAAAUUCUCUAAGGUUUCUACAGAAACUUCUUUGUUGUGAUCAACCUUAUAAACUGAAUUAUUCAGGAUUUUAAUGGGUAGCUCUGAAUAAAGAUGACCAAAAAAAGGGGUGAUUGUCUAUCUGAAUAAAGUUGAAAGAGAAAAAAAAAACCCUGUACAGGAUAAGACUGUGGAAAUGACACAGUUAAGUCAGCAUUUAAAUCUUUGUGUGCGAAAUCUCUAAUUGAAAAAUCCAUCUCCUCUCCAUCUUUCCCAGCUUGUCAUUGAUGUUCCCUCCUCUCCAGUGCUUUCUCACUUUGCAGAUUGCCAUGAAUCCCAAAAUACUAGCUUUAACCACACUGUGUGGCGCAAAAUGAACCUGCCUAUCCCUGCUCUAUGUUGUAUUUCCUGGGUUUAGGCCUCAUGUUCUCUGAUUCCAUUGGAUAGUUUUCUGGUUGUUCUACCCACAGUGGCAUUCAAGGAUAUUAUAUUACGUGAGCACUGCUGCACGUGAUCAGAUCCUUCAAUUUAUAUAUAAUGUGUUGUGGGCAAUUAAAGGGACACUACAGGUGGUCCUCAGUUUGCGACGGCUCGC